AUGAAAGAGCCGUUUGAAAUGCUUGUGAUUGAUUGUGUUUCAUUGCCUAAGACUGUGAGGGGGCAUGUGGCAAUGAAUGUGAUGGUGGAUCACAUGAGUAAAUUUGCCUAUGCAGUUCCUAUCAAAGAUAAGAGGAGUGAAACCAUUGUGUGGAUGGUGGGGCAAGUGGUGUUGCCUAUGUGUAUAAAUGUUGAGUUUGUGGGGUGGGAAUUUGAAGAAAUGUUGAAGGAAUGGGGUAUUGUCCAUGUGUAUUCUGCUCCUCCGUAUAUGCCUAGUGCGAAUGGUUUGGCAGAAAGGACUGUUAGAACGAUGACCGAGAUUCUGCAAAUGAUGAGUAAAGGCGACAAUGAUUGGGAUAUGUAUGUAGGACGUGCAGUGUGGGUAUAUAACGCCGCACUGCAGAAGAGUGUCGGAUGUCUCCUUGUAAGUAUGUGUUGA